UCGUACGUUUGUUAUCUACUGUUUGAGAUUUCUACCUGAUUUUUACUCUAUUAAUUGUCGCGCAAAAACAAUUGUUGUGAAAAGCGGUAUUUUUGUGCCCGUUACAUAAAAAUUGUGUAGAAUAUUUAUAUAAAAACAAUUGUACCAUGAUUCCGGUGUGGCAAAUGAUGUUGGGCGUUUGCGUAGGCCUAGUUGCUUUAAUAUUUGUGCGCCCACAAGCGCUCAGCUAUGAUCGAGAAGGAGGCAGUGCAAGUGGCGGAAGAUCUAGACGCCGAAAAAGUACAAGCGACCAAAGUGCAUAUACACCAAGAUUCAACUCAUCCCCCGGAGAUGCUUGUGUUAUAUGUCUUUUGGAUAUGCAGAAUGAUAAUAUGACAUAUCUGCGAUGCGGCCAUGCCAUGCACGAUAAGUGCUUCACUGAGUGUAAGCGACAUACAAAGAAUUGUCCAGUUUGCCGUGAACGCAUGUGAGAUAUUCUGAAUUUUACACAUAUCUGACAACAUUUUUCUUUUCGUACUCGAUCAUACAAUUUCUAUUAUGAAAUAUAAUGGUUUGAGUGUGAAGUUGUCCGGAAUUUUUAGUUCAGUUAAAUAAAUUAAAGUGUGCGGGUUACGCGGUUAACUGUUCACUAAAUAUUUUUUUAUAAAAGAAAGAAACAAGUAGACUGAUUGGUAAGAAGUUUAGAAACUUAGAAAAAAAAGACGAAGCUAUUUUUAUUUGACUUUUUAAUUUUUUUUUUAUUUAUUAUAUGAGUUUAUAUAAUUUCAUCUUUAGAACUCACAUACUAUGUCUUAAAUGUGUAUUAAAAAACAAUUGUAAAAUGUAUUAAAAUAUUUUUAUUUCACAAAUGGAAUCUUAAAAUUACCAAGUUUGUAUAAAACAAAAAAAUUAUACAAGUUACUUGAAUAAAUCAAAAAAUAAAACAUUUAAGCAGA